AUGAAGGUACAAAUGCCCACCGAUAUGUGGCGACAGAGGAUGCAGUCCGCAUUGAAACGACCGACUACCGCACGCUGCGAGGUAUCCGAGAAGAAAGAAUGCUUCGUCGGCAGCAUCAUAGAUGUUUCGGAGACUACAACCUCGUCAGAAAGUCCAUUAUAUGGACCUGUAAUAGAUGACUCUAUGUUUUAUGAAGACGCUAUUAACAUUCGGGAAGCUGCGAAUAGCCUAGAUUCAAGGAAGCGAAUCAUUGAUCCAACGGAAGAUAACAAAAAAAGUUUUGAAAAUAUUGAUAACCUUUCCGGAAAUGAAAAUCUCAAUGGGGUUUAUGCAAUAAUAGGGCCGUCCCUAAUACAAAAAUAUUUGACAUAUAAAACUAUAGCUUUUUUUUUGAACUCCUAUCUUUCUUGUUGUAUAAAACGACAACUUUCACCCAGCCAAGGAAACUUUCAAGAUGAUAUCGUGUCGAAAAUAUUGAUUAGUGUCAGUUGUCUCGUCUCGCAGUCACACACUCCGCGUAAAACUGCCACGAAGCGGAGCAAAUCGACAUGCAUUAUUUAUCGUUGGGGGUGCCUCUAUGGGAAACUCUCUCUCGAGGGGGUGAAAACGUCAAUACAAGUUUUAUGAUGCGUGUAUGCUGAUGUAUUCUCAACUCGAAAAGUAUUGAAAAUAAAAGAAAACAUGAAACAAUCAUCAAAGGCAAUAACGAUCGGUAUAGUGAUCUGGUUAGUCGCAAUUGAAAUUGUAUUGAUCUACAUUGCAUGCAUAAUCCAUACAAAUAAAGAUGUCAUAUUUGAGGAUCAAAACGUACAGAGAAAUAAUACAACAGUUCCUACAACGACGAGCUCAAUGACAGUACCAACAACAAUAGCAACUACAUUACCGUCCAUGACAACUUCGAAAAAUUUUACAGAAAAAACAACUACUUUGCAAACAGACCAUACACCGGGUUUUACAGGAAACACGAGUGUGACAACAGAAUCGAGUGUUUCAACAACGACGAAAAUAACGAUUCUGCCUCCAACUCCGAUUCCAACUCUGCCUCCGACUCCGAUUCCGACUCCAAUUCCUUCUGGGACUCCAAAUUGGAUACCUACAACAACAAAUGCUACAGAUGGAAUUAUCACAGAUCCUUCAACGCAGUCUACGACAUCCAUGCGUUCUACAACAAUGCCAAUGCAAUCUACAUCGCAAUGUGUAUCAAACGUAACGUAUUCAUCACCCACGACAGCAUCUUCGUAUUCGACUACAACAGAUGCUAUAGAAAUAACUACAACAAAAAAUAUAACACCGAUAAUUUCAACGACAUUCGUAACUAAUCCAACAGUACUUACACCUUCACCGCAAUUACCUGCAGAUACUACAUCAACGUUUUCAUCACCCAUGCCGCCAGUUACAACGAAAACGACAAGUACAACGACAAUUACAUCUAAAACAAAUGUAACGGAAAAAACAACGUCUACCGAUAUCAAUGUAAACGACCCAAGUACGACUGAAGAAAAUACAUCAAAAAUAACUCCUAUAUUUAAUUAUAUCCUUAGAGAUGAUACAGGAGUGGCAUGCGUUCUGGCAAACAUGACGAUUCACGUAAAUUUGCAAUACACAACAAAAGAUUUUCAGAUACUACCCAUGGUAGAAUCCAUGUUGACGGUUCCAACGGAUGCAACAACGACAGGUAUUUGCCUUGGAAAAACAGCCAAUAUGACUUUGAGUUGGGAAGAACCAAUUAAAGGCUACAACAAUAAAAAGAAUAAAAUUACUUUUAAUUACUCCCAUGAUAAUAGCAAGUUUUUUCUUGAUUCCAUUUUCGUCGAAUUGCAUGUGCAAUUAAAAGAUGAAUUAAAGGGAUUUAACAGAGGGGGAAAAAACAGUUUCGCUAAAAAAUCACAUUCCGAAGUACUCGAAAAAGACGAUCUCUUGUACGUGAAGAGUGCAGCCUCGUGUGCAUCCAAUCGCGACGUUCAGUGUUUACGACGUGGCUGGAAUUUCAAAAUUUUUAGAGCAUCUGCAACCCAACGGCAGCUGUUUGCGCAUAUCCCAUUCGCCAUUUAUUCCUGGUACAAUAUGACAAACGUGACGAUGCACACGUGGAAAAGGCAGCAUUGUUUCCUCGGAGACGCUUUCGUACCUGCGAGUAUGUACAGGUGGUUGCUCAACACGAGAUCCAUUGUCCAGCUUCUAUCCCUCGUCUUACCGCUUCCUACACGAUUACCCUUCGUAAAUAAACCUAUAAAAUUCUGCGUUCUUUGUUAUUCAAUUCUAGUAAUCAAAGAACUUAGGAAAGCGCAAGAAAAAGAAGCCUUAUCGCAAUAA